CGGGCUGCGUGCGCGCUCGCGACGUACGCCGUCUCCGGUCUGACGUCACCUUCUGAUUAGCCGAAAUCCCUGAUAACGCGGCGCGCGCUCCCGCUCGGCUCUGAAUGGGGGCUCAGUCCAGCCGGUGACAGCUCGUCCAGUCCGUCUAAUCCACGGCUCGCUCCUCCAGUCCGGUCCGCCCGCUCACCGACACGCCGGCAGUCCACGGGCCCCCCGCUCCUCCGGUUCUACUCAGUUAUUCAGGAAUGAGAAAUGAUGGCCGGCUCUGCAGCAGAGGAGAAAACCUUCCGACGGUUCCUGGAGCUCUUUGUCCGGGAGAUGAGGAUGCCUCUGCAGGAGAGCGACCCGGUGCCGAUGCGCCCCUUGUCGGACCUGGUGUCUGAGGACGAAGUGGAGGGGGAGUGCCUGGACCUGUGUCUCCAGCACCUCUACAAAUACAACUGCCCCUGCUCCCUGGCUGCCGCCCUGGCCAGAGCCACAGCAGACAGCCUCCUUCAGUCCGACCUCUCCAUCCACAACCUCAACAAGACUGUGGAAGAUGGAGCUGACCCAUUACCACAGAUGGAGUCGGUGAAGAUGGCCCGGCUGGUGUUUAACACUCUGUUUGAGACGUGCUGCCUCUGGCAGAAGGAGCUGCCUUACCGCCGCCGCCCACAGCCAUACUACGAAACGUCCAUCCACGCCAUCAAGAACAUGAGGCGCAAGAUGGAGGACAAACAUGUCAUCAUCCCCGACUUCAACACCCUCUUCAACAUUCAGGAUCAAGAGGAACAGGCUUUCUUCGCUGUGUUUGACGGCCAUGGCGGAGUGGACGCCGCCAUUUAUGCCGCCAACCACCUCCACGUCAAUUUAUUCCACCAGGAAUCCUUCAGCCAGGACCCCAGUGAGGCGCUGUGUAGAGCCUUCAAGAUGACUGAUGAGCGCUUUGUGAAGAAGGCCUCACGAGAGCACCUGCGCUGUGGAACAACAGGCGUGGUGACGUUCCUGCGAGGUCGGACGUUAUAUGUGGCCUGGCUGGGGGACUCCCAAGUCAUUCUGGUGCGGAGGGGCCAGGUGGUGGAGCUGAUGAAAGCCCAUAAACCAGACAGAGAGGAUGAGAAGCAGAGGAUCGAGGCUCUGGGAGGAUGUGUGAUUUGGUUCGGCACAUGGAGGGUCAACGGGAGUCUGUCCGUAUCCAGAGCAAUAGGCGACUCAGAGCACAAGCCCUACAUUUGCGGGGACGCAGACCACGGCGUUUUCCCAUUAGACGGCUCAGAAGACUACCUGAUACUGGCCUGCGAUGGGUUCUGGGAUACCGUGAGUCCAGACGAGGCGGUGCGGGUGGUCAGCGACCAUCUCCAGGAGAACACCGGAGACACCACCAUGGUGGCCCACAAGCUGGUGGCCUCCGCCCGAGAUGCAGGUUCGAGCGACAACAUAACCGUCAUAGUGGUGUUCCUGCGGGACCCCCGCUCCCCGCCGCCAACCAGCACCGAGGAUGAGGAGGAGGGUGUGGCGGAGGAACAGGCGGAGCAGGAGGAGGCAGCCGAGGUGGAGGAAGAGGAACAGGAGGAAGAAGAGGAGGAAGAUGAAGCAAUGAGGGUAGAGCGCGAGGGAGGCAGCGCCGCAGACGUUGGAGGGAAAAGCCGCGGCGGCUGGCCCCUGCAGCAGUGCUCGGCUCCGGCAGACCUCGCCUACGAAGACCGAACGGACUCGCUAACGGACAGAACCAGCCUCAGCUUGCUGGGGCCGUCGCUGGAGAGCCACAUUUCCCUGAUCCAGGGCUCAAGGAAGCCCUGCUUUACCUUUAGCCCCGACCUCUUCGCAGCCGCCCACAGCUAUCGAGGAGAACGCCCUCUGAGACGCAGGUCAUGCGUCCCGUUUCAGGAGCCCGGCAUCUCUAGCUUUACGGACCCACAGUGGCCCCAAACGACCAUGCUGUUAAGCCGAGCAGUGAGGCGAAACCACAGGCGGGGCCACGUCAGCCGUCGGUGGGGCCGUAGGUGGCCAAACAGAUCCAAAGAGCUGCUAGGUCUGAUACCGUCUGGCCAAACGCAGUGCUGCUCCCCCUGGAGGCCUGGAGUGGCAGUGCCUCACCUGCCGCCCGAUGCCACGAUCUGAAGCUUCGGCCAAACCAAACCAUUACCACUUCUCCCCCUGACCCCCACCCCACCCACCUUUGCCUUCAACAACACAUCUUUCUUUGAUAGUAAGUAGUCGUGGCUCCUGCAGUCGUCAUGUGAUUAAUCAAUCAAUGUUAGAGGACCGGUACUCUCUGUCCUAAGUCAAAACGUUUCACAAUGUAAGCUGGCCCACCGAACACAAGCGCUGCUUGUUGAUGCUUUUAAGUAAAGCCCAAACCGCAUCCUCUCCGUCGUGACCACUGAUUAGUCGAUAUGAAGCCAGAGCUCAAAACGCUGGACAGUAGGAUGUAUACACGGACUGAAUGUGAUAUAAAUGUUUAAAAAAAAAAAGGCACUGUAGUAUGACAUGUUUAUGAAGUAGACCAGAGCAGUUACUGCAGACCAUGAGGUUUGAGCUGCAUCACUUCAGGAAAGAGAAACGGGGAUUUCAAGUACAUUUUAAAAACACCUGUUAUUAGCGAGUAGCAGCGUAGUUCUGUUCUGGGCUCUGAAUGCCCUCAAGUGAUGAAAAAUAUUAUCUUGCAUUCGUUUAUUUAUGUGCCUGGUUGUUCCACGCUCUUUUAGAGAGAUGUUAUUUAUUUUGAAAGAUAUAUUAGAGGAACUUUUGUUAUUUAAAAAAGAAGAAGAAAGAAAUACACAAUUGCUGGAAAGGUAGACUAUCAAAAGUUGCCCCUCCUGUGUAGUUGUUGCACUGUAAACAUUUGCUCCCUCUCACUCACAACGGCACUAGCAGGAUUGGAAGCUGAUAUUUUCUCAUUUUGUUUGACAUUCUUUAAUGUAAUUAUUUAGUGUAUUUGACAUCACAUAUAUAUGUUUUUAAUGAACUAAAUGUAAUAACGGUGGUAAUGCCUUUUUCAUUGUUGACACUUUCCUAAUCUGCUGCCACGGAAAACGACAUAUAUACAGUGCCUCCAGAAAGUAUUUGCAUUUCUUUAUUUGUUCCAAGUAAAACAAUAGGUUUAGU